AAGAUUUCGAAGCUCAUGGCAUCCGCAGCACCCAAGGCCCCGUCGAUGAACCUCGACGACCUCGACGACGACGACGAUAACGAUGGCCACAGCAGCAGCGCCAGUGAGAAGGUCCGCCGACUGGCCUCGCAGCUCGGGCUGCGGCGCAACGCGACGUCGAGCUCGACCAGCGACGGCCACCGCAGCGACGACAGCAGCUCGCUCUCGCUGCCGCACUCGUUCGACAACACGCCCAUGUCGACGCCUGCCGCGUCGCCCGCGCCGCCUCGGAACGUCGCCCAGUCGUUUGACCUAGCACUGCGCACGGCGCUACCUACGAAACUACCGCCACGGUCCGGUGUGCCCCACCGCACGGACGAGACCAUGCGUCGGUUCUACGAGAUCCAAGUCGACAAGGUCCGCGGCCAGCUCGCAAUCGCGCUCGAAGAGAAGAAGCAGGCACAGGCCGCGCUGAGCACCGAGCGACGGUCCUUCCAAGAGUCGAUAGCGUCGCUCCAAGUGCGGUAUCGCAACGAAGCGAGCCAGCUCCAGACCGAAAAGACGGCUCUGGAGACACAGCUUCGCAUCUUCGAGCACCGACUCAAGGCUGAGAAAGCGCAGUUUUUCGAUCUGCGCAUUCCCGAGCCACUGGCAAAGCAGCUCCAGCGCCAGAGUCAUGACGCUCUCACGCUCGUCGAGUUCGUUCAAAUGAAAGCAUUCGAGCUCGUAGAGCCCGAGAAGGCGGCCACCGAGGCUGCGAAUCGCCAAGUCGCGUCGCUGACGCAGGCCAACGCGACCCUCGAAGCCAAGGCGAGUGAAUACCAGACCGACCAGCGAAAAUGGCAGCGCAAGUGCGACGUCACACAGCACGAACUUGAGCUGUCCGAGACGACGCGGGCUGAGCUUGAGCGGCAAGUCAAGCAGCUCCACGCCAACGUCCAGGAGCUCAACGCGCUGCGCGCGACAGCGACGCCUGCGCCAAUCGUGCCCGAUGCUGUUGCGUCCCAGCUUCGCGAGCUCGAGGCGCAGCUCGCGCUUGCCGUACAGGCGCGCGACGCGAGCAAGAUGGAAAGAGAGCAGAUGGAGCAAAAGCUGUCGCUUGUGCUCGUGGACAAGGACUACCUCGCCAAAGACAAUGCGCGCCACGAGGUCAAGAUUGCGCAGCUCCGGGACGAGCUGCAAAGCGCGCAGGCCAGCGUGCGCCGCCUCGAGCUCUCGAAAGAGACGUUUCUACAGCAAGUCAACGACGCCCGGGAAGAAAGCAAGACCUUGUUCGAGCACCGCAUGCACGUGGAAUUGACCAAGCUCCAAGACGUGGCCAAGAAAGAAAUGGACGCUUUGCGGGACAGUGGCAAGACGCUCUUUGAGCGCGAGAACCGCAUGCUGCGCGACGCCCGCCAGGACGCCCAGCAGCAGCUGGAACAUGCAAACAAGCGCUUUGCCGACCUCCAGCGCGCGUACGAAGACAAGGUGCUCGAACUCACGCGCCUCGACGCGCAGUUUACGACCAGCGUCGCCCAAGUGCGCAACGAACUCAAGAUCAAGCAUUUCGAGCUGACGCAAUUGAGCCGCAACUACGAAGAGAAAUCGCAGCACCUCCAGCUCGCGCACUUGGAAAUCGACAUGCUCAAGCAAAAGGUGGACGUCCACAAGGCGGAAUUUCAAAAGCUCGAGACGCAGUCGGCCAAUGAGCUGGCGCAACUGCGACUCGACGUGGCAAGCUACCGCGACAAGCUCCACGCGUACGAAACGUUGGAGGUCGACAUGGACCACGCGAUUCUCCAAGCCGGUGCGCUUCCCGAACCCACGGAUGAUGCGACUGCGUCGACGUUUGCGAUGAUCCCGACAGCCCCCAAACGCCGGUUUCAACAAAGCGUGCAGCUGGCUCAGAAAGUCGUCCAGUGCGAACAGACAAUCCAGCGCAUGAAGAGCGAGUACGCCUCACUGCACAGCGCGCGCGACCAGCUUGUCCGCGAGCUCGAAUCUGCGCAGCGGCAGCUGGCCCACAUGCACCAGCCACAGGAAUACCUCAUCGAAAAGCUCAAAGGCCUUCAAGACGAGGUCCUGGCGCGGCAAACUCAGGUCGCGCAGUUGCAAGCGGCGCUGCAGCAACAACAAGCCGACGCCAACGACCUCCUCCACGCCAAGCUCUCACUGCAGUCGCAGCUGCAGCAACUGCUCAGCCGCCGUCACGAGCUCGACACCUUAAAGGACAUGGUCCUCCACACCCAGCACAAGCUCGCACGUGCAGCCGCCCCCGUUGAUGCAACGUCCCCGCCCAAGACAACGACCGAGCCAACGACCGCUACGAUGGCGCCAAAGUGGUAUCAGAAGCUGCGCAGUGCACCGGCGGCGUCACCGUAAGACGUACUAGUUGAUAACAGACAAAUAUGUACACAACUGUCGCAUUCAUAA